AUCGCGAACCUGCACCGCUGCUACUCGACCCCCCCGCAGUAUCCAUACGCGUCGCGUGCAAAUAGUGGCACGUGAGUAAUCGCGAUUUGUUCUUUUGCUGGCACCGACCUACGUACCACGCGAUUCGCCAUUAUUCUACCACGAUCUCUCUUGCAACUUAUCAACGUCGCUCGCAACCAAGUUCCCUACCAACACGUACCGCCAUGGCCAACCCCAAUGGUGAUGCCGCUCCAGCCGGCGUCGUCGAGCUCGACGUGAAGCCCCCCUCGAACAUGGUCAUCCCCCCGCCCGGCGUACGUGAAGCCGUAGCAAAGACAGCUGAUUUCAUUUCCCGUCGAGGUGAACAACACCUUGUAGGAAUGAAGCAGCGUCUUACCGCCGACCCCUCCACAAAGACCAAUUUUGGCUUCGUCUUGGAAGACGAUCCGUACAACGCCUAUUUCUUGUGGUAUUUGCAGCAGCUGAGGGAGGGCCAUGGGCGCUCCUCGGACAAGAACUCCAAGCAAGCCGUGAAUAACAAGCCCAAGGGCCCCCCCGAACCGCCCAAGUUCCGUUUUUCGGCCCGCAUGCCUAACAUCAACGCCAAAGAUCUGGAAGUGCUAAAACUUACUGCUCUGUACACGGCGCGUGUGGGUGAGAAUUGGCUAAAGGAUUUGCGCAACCGUGAGUUGGGCAACUAUCAGUUUGACUUUCUCAGACCAAAUCACAGCUAUUUCCAGUUUUUCCGAUCGCUCGUCGAACAAUACAAGAUCCUGCUUGAAGAAGAGGCGACGGUCGAGGCACGUAUCCAGGAGCUACAGCACAACAUCAAAAACCGGUUUCACGUAUUGGACCGCGCAAAGGGUCGCGCUGAAUAUGUCAAAUAUGUGAAUGCGCAAAAGGAGAAAGAGGAGAAGAAGGUAGAAGCCGAGAAACAGGAGUAUGCGACCAUUGACUGGCAUGACUUCAGCGUCAUUGCGACAGUCAUCUUUGAUGAGGCUGAUGAUGCUGCGGAUCUUCCCCCUCCCGCUCAGCUGAAUGAUCUACAGUCCCAGUCUCUUGAACAAAAGGCCGCCGUUUCAUUAUCUACACGUCGUCUGGAGGAGGCUAUGCCCGACGAUCUCACCUACUACAAUGUCACCCAGCAGCAGGUACCACCGCCUCCAAUGCAACCAAAUUACGCACCAACUGCACCACCCGUGCAUUCGCCGUACGGCGCAUCGCCAUAUGCGCCCCCUCCGAUGCCCGAUUACCGAACACCAGCGCAGAUAUCGCGCGAAGAGGAGCAGGCACGGUUGGCCAAGGAACGCCAGGCAGAAAGCGAGCAGCGCGCACGUGCACAGGCUGCUGCCAGAGGAGCGCCUGGUCGCAUCGUCACAGACUACGUCCCCCGCGUUGCCACAAAGAAGGCAAACGUACCAAUGGCCGUGUGCCCUAACUGCAAGCAGCAAAUUCCUUCCAACGAAAUGGAUGAACACAUUCGAAUUGAAUUGCUCGAUCCGCGCUGGAAAGAACAGCGGGACAAAGCCGAAGCUCGAUACUCCACAACGAUCAACACCGCCGAUGUUGCAAAUAAUCUCAAGCGUUUCGCCAGUCAGCGUGAAGACAUAUAUGACGGUGCCACCGGCCAAUCGAUAUCCGCAGAAGAAGAGGCUCGGAGGAAAAAGGCUGCAAUGUCAUAUGAUGGACAGCCCGAUCCUGCAAAGGAUGCUGCCCGCUUAUCGCAGAUGCAGAGCAUGAACGUCCAGGAGCAGCUUCGAAGGAUACAGGAAAAGCACCGCCAGUAGAGCGCAUGCAUUUGUAGGUCUUUCUUUUCCUUUGCCGGAUACCACUAUCAUUCUAGAAAUCGAUUCGUUUGCAUUGAGUGGCGUUUGGGAAGGUACGGGCAGAUGGACCCGGCCUGAUUGGGUUUGAAGAGAGACUAAAGUGGACUUUUGUGUAAAACAAGACUGGACUCAUGGCCUGGUCAUCGAUAUUGUAGCUGCAAAUCUCUAAUGAAUACGUAUGAACUCAAGUUCAGUCACCAA